CCAGGAUGUGAGAGACCUGGGCUGAUCGACACCAGAAGGGGGUCAGUAUGCAACAUGCAACCAAUCCUCGACCCUCUGCACGGCUCCGCCCCGUGCCGUCGCGGCGCUUCUUUCGAAGUAUUUGAGUAUGCGGGGAACGGACCUUGUUCAACAUUAGCACUCGGCAGUCUGCUUUCACCCCCAACUUUAGCAGAUAUAAGUGGUGUUUAUUGACAUAUCGGCUUACCCUGGAUUCCCAUAUUCCCCCAUCUUGAUACAUUCUGAAGCAAUUGUUACUACGUUGACAUGGCACAUCACCACGAGAGUCUGCGCGAGAGGACGCUGAACAAUGAGAAUCUUGCUGGCCCCGAAAUCAAUCGAGCUGGUAUUGGCGGAAAUCAUGGAGAUCUGAUGGAUCGGACACAAAACAACGAAAAUCUUACUGCACCCACGCCAGACCUGAGUGCUCCCUUAGAGAAAGACUUCAGCAACAGCCCGUACAGCAAUGGAUACCACCAGCAUCUGGACGCCAGCCAUGAUUCCGAGACUGCCCUCAGAAAGAUGCGGACGGCUGGCAGCAUCUCGAUCACGCCAGAAUUGUUUGAGAAGCUCUAUCUCUCACCGAAGACAAGGGUACACGGUGAUUUGCGAACAACCGUUGGCAAUCCGACCCCUUUGGCACUCCUCGGCUUCCUGUUAUCGCUCACGCCGCUGAGCAUGGACUUGAUGGGCUGGAGAGGCGCAGGCGGCAACGGCGCCGCCGGAACCGGUACAUACUAUUUCUUCGGCGGCCUUUUAAUGAUACUCGGAUCUCUCGGUGAGUUCCUCAUCGGCAACACAUUCCCCUUCGUGGUUUUCGGAUCUUUCGGUGCCUUCUGGCUUGGCUGGGCAGCCACUCUUCAGCCUUUCUACAACGCAUAUGGUGCGUACUCGACAACCGGCGUUGCCGCUGACGGCCUCGCGACUGUGGGAUUCCGUUCCAGCUAUGCCUUCUUUUUCAUCGCCAUGGCAAUCCUUUGCCUCGUCUACCUAGUCUGCUCCCUCCGCACCAAUGUCUGCUUCUUCAUGAUCUUCCUCACACUCGUCCUUGCCUUCUGCAUGCUCGCCGGCUCAUUCUUUGAAGCCAACAACGGGAACAUGACGCGCUCUGUCAACCUACAGAUCGCGGGCGGAGCCUUUGCUUUCGUUACUACGUUGUUUGGGUGGUGGAUCUUCAUCGCGAUUAUGCUAGCUAGUCUAGACUUCCCGUUCGAGCUCCCAGUGGGCGACCUUUCGGGAUUCAUCAAGGGUGCGAGCGAUAAGAAGGCGAGACAGGAGAGUGUGUAGGCAUGGUGGAGAGCGGAGGGAAGGCGGGCCACUGCGAGUCGGCCUUCUGACGGAGGAGACAAAUAUGUAACCAGAGGACAGUCUGAUGGAUGUAAUGCUUGCUUGAGAACGAAGAUUGGCUUCUCAGAAAUGAUGGUGCAGCUAUGAUGCCAGCGGUAUCGUAUUCAUGUACACGAACUCACCACUUUGGUGUACUACUACUCAUAUCACGAAGUAAACAGACUGCGUCAUUGCCC